AGAGCGUUACAUCUCAGUAACUCUCAUAUUUUUAUGAGAAAAGACAGUUUUGCCCUAAUUAAAGCUCGUCGCAUUGGUAACAGAGAUAAGAGUGAUACCUCCCUCCUCCACUCUUCUUAAAAUUGAGAGCGUGAAUGCCAAAUGAUAGAGCAGGCGUAUUGACAGGAUGGAGACGCUGAAAGUUAUGCUGCUUGCUCUACUUACUGCUUACUGUGAGGAUAUUACAGACACAGGUCCAACUUAUGACUGCACCACUGAUUUUCUGCUCACCGUCAAUUGUUCGUGGUACGCCACACCAUCAAAUGGCGGUCCACAAGUCAUGAAACUGUCCAAAAGACAUACGAAAAAGUCAUCCGAAUGCGCGCCGUCCAAUGCCGCGCGCUCGUGUUCCGUCACGAUUAACAGUACAUCGGGGGACUCGUGUCCGUUUAAUGAUGCGAGCAAAUUUCAGAUCUGGCUAUGCUCGGAACGAAGAGGCUGCGAAAUGUUGGAUGAUAGUUACAAGCCAAGCGAGCACAUUAAACCAAAAGCUCCAUGCUGCCUUUCCGUCAUCCGAAACGCCAGUCGACAGCUCUUCACGUGGAAAAACCACUACGAAAAAUGUCAUUUCACCAUGCUGAAGAACUACCUCCAAUAUCAACUCUGUUUCUACAAACGACAGGAUAACACCGAAUGCCGCUACAUCAAUGCGGACAAAACGGAACUUACCGUCGAUGCCGCUCAACUUGAGACGGACACGGAAUACAUCAGCAAAGUGAGGUCCAAGCCCAGUGGAAGCUUCAAGGGUCAGUGGAGCGACUGGUCGCAGGAGGUCCACUGGAGGACGGCCUUGGCCAACGAUUCGCGAGUUGAGGAUUUCAUGUCCAAACACGGCAAAACAGUCUUCCUGGGUUCAGUUGUGACGGGCACAUUCGUCCUGAUGUUAAGCUGCCUUUUGCUAAAAAAGUGGAGGCAAGGUGACUUCAUCCCCACUCCGGCGCCGUACUUCCAGAACCUAUACGCUGAGUGUCAUGGGGAUUUUAAGAGCUGGGCUGACACGCAAGCCAACGUGACCAUGAAGCCCAAGUCAGACGACAUGCUCCAAAUGGACAGCCACGAGUACCAGAGUCUGGCGCUGUACGAAAACCUUCCGCUACACAGUGUUUCUCUCGUGGGACGAAACGGUUCCAUUUCCGAGGAGGGGAAGGUGGAAGGCAGGCUCGAUGGCGAAAAUCCCCGCUAUUGCAAUGACUACUGCACGAUGAGCACUUUGCAGAAAUGUACUGAGCUCACAAAACGUGUAUUGUAAGUAAAAUGAUGCAUUUAAUAAAUGCAAUGUGCGUCUUAUACACGAGUACAUUUAUAAAAAAGCUUCUGAAUGUGGCUUGUUGUAAUACACAAGUGUAUAUUAUACAUGAUAAAUGAUGGUAGGUUUCCAUAAAAAAAUAUAAUUACACUCACAUUGUAGAAAUUUCCGUCGUCUUGUUUGGUUGUCUAUGGCUGAAGAAUCUGUUAAACCUGCUGAUGAAAAUCCAACAUUAGUGGGGUUUUUUUUGUUUUUUUUUACAAUUCUGUUACACUUGUUUGCUUGACUUCAUUUCUUCCAAACAACAUUUUAAUCUAGGUUUAUUUCAAAUGUCAUUAAAUAUGUUUUUGUUUACACCAAAUAUUAGCAGUU